AAACUUUUUUUUUUGCGCGGACAAAAAAACUGGGGCUGUGAACAAAAAAAGGGACGGGGCUAUUGGGGACGUCCACCUUAUAGUGGAUACUCUUAGACUCCAAAAUAAAAUCAAGACAUAGAAAGUGUUUUCCUUUUAUUUCAUCAAAGUGUGUGUGUUAACUAACAAGAUCGCUCUUUUUUGGUGUGAUUGGAAAUAAAUUUGGCUUAAUUUUACAGUCUGUAAAAAAAGAGCAAUCAAUUGACAAAAUUGCAUACGAUUUAAUUGAUGAUUUUUCCUCUUCGUUACUGUCUUUUGAUGAAUUCCGUUCCAGUCACAUAGCUUUCCUCUCUCUCUCUCUAAAACACGCACACACACACACACAGUGAUCACUGAUGGUGUCAGUGUUGCAGAAAAAAGUCAGUAGCACCGAAAAGAAGAGAAGAGAGAGAUUUAUUAUAAGGGGAGUAGUAUUAAAUAUAUCUUGGUUAUUGUCCACAUUUGAGUGCCGUUGCCCAUAUAUUCAUGAAUUUCCCUCAAUUUUACACAUUCUGAAGCUUACUUUAACAAACCUUCAUCAUACAAAUACUAUAUGAUCAAACUUAAACAAAAAGAAAGAUGCUUAUACAUAUAUAUACAUUGUGCGUGUGCGUGUGUCUAUGUAUAUACUAUAUAUCAUUAUCUUAUAGGUGAGAUGAAAAAUGAAAGUAAAUCUACUUGUGUUUCUUCAAUACUUCCCAUUUUUGAAAAUAUGGUGUGACAAGAACUUGCGCAUUUUUUUGUUGAAAAGAAUGGGAUAUCUUCGCCGCUCUCUGUUAAGGCGAUAUAUAUUGUCUUCUUGUGAAAAACACGCACAACACACAAUAGAAGGGUUAAUGUUCCAUUUGGGAGCAUGUUUAGUAUUGUAACAGUGAGAUGUGGGCACUGCUCAAACUUGCUCUCAGUCAAUAUGGGAGCUUUGCUUCAGUCUGUUCACCUCCAAGAUUUCCAGUCGCAGAAACAACAAUCCUUGGCAGCCUUGGCUACCGGCUUCAACGCAGCGGUGGCCACUAGGGACAACGGCUCCUCUUCAAAGUGCAAUACAUACGGUUCUCUUCAAGUUGACACUGAACACCCUAAGAUACCUCCAAUACGCUCACCAGAGAAAAGACAACGCGUUCCAUCAGCGUACAAUCGUUUCAUAAAAGAGGAGAUUCAGAGGAUAAAAGCAACCAAUCCUGAUAUUAGCCAUCGUGAAGCCUUUAGCACUGCUGCAAAGAACUGGGCACAUUUUCCUCAUAUUCAUUUCGGAUUAAAGAUGGAAAGCAACAAACAAGCAAAGCUGGAUCAUCCAGUUGCAGCAGGAGAAGCCACGCCUCAAAAAUCUCUUGGUUUUUAGUAAGAUUACUUUUGCAAAUUAAGGUUAAAAAAUGCAUAUUUUCAUAGCCUGAAGAUUUUGGUCGUUUGAUCCCUCUCACAACAAUUAUUUUUAAUUCAUAAAAUAGUAUGAGGGGUUUAACACCAUAUUUGUUCAACUCGUGGGUUGCAAAGAUACAAUUUUUUAUUUUCCCUAAAAACUAAUUUUGUCUAAGAAUUUCAGAUAUUUGAAGCCAAACAUGAUAAUUAUGUAUACGUCUAAGCAUCUACGUGAUUAUUACCGCGGUUAA